AUGCCUUCACCGUCGCCAACCCGCUCGCUCCUCGCCGCCGCCCGCCCCAGCACUCUCCGCCGCUCCCUCCGCCCAUCCACCUCCGCAACCCCCGUGUCCACAUCCUGCAUCUCCUGCCGCGCCCAGCGCCCCUUCACCACCGCCCCAUUCCAGCGACAAGAGAUUGACGUCGAGCCCGUCGACCGCCCGCGAUGGCAGCAGACUCCGCGCGCUAUGGUUGCCCCCGUGCGCUCACGCCCCGUACCACGCGACAACUUCUACAAGGUGAACAGCGAUCCGCGGAAGCUUGACGAGGCGUACAAUAAGAUGCUGGGGAAGGGCGGCGACAAGAUGCUGAGCGAGGAGGUCAAGUGGUUGGCGGUUACGCACAAGAGCUUUGAUCAUGGCCGGAGGGGGUUCAACGACCGGUUAGCGUUGCUCGGCAAGCGGAUAGUAGAGCUGCAAACAUCUCUGGCGCUUCUAGCGGCGCCGAAAAGCCCGCAGCCGUCCUGGAGCGAUGAGUACGGGCGGAAACCGUUUCAGCAUCCGGCGUUGGAUGGGCUACCGAAUCUCACAGAGCAUGCAAAAAGAGAGACGUUGGACAAACGGCGACUGGCCAACUUGGCGCAGACUUAUGGGCUUGGCGGUGUUGUAAGAUGGAAGCCGAAGAAGUCGGAUAACCUACAGGGCUCUGGAGUCGACACCGUGAUGGCCAAUACCAUCUACGCGGUAGUUGGAGCGAUUGCACUGGAAAAGGGCGGAGAAGUUGCAAUCAAGACGGUGCGGGACACGAUAUUACGGCCCUUGGGCCUGUAA